UAGAACCAUAACAAAGUAUUUUCAAGACUUUCAUGAGUUCCACGUUGCGUGAAGUCCUGACGAAAGGACUACCGCCACCAGGAAGCUCGUUGUCACAUAGAACCGGUGGACACGGACGUGGUCGUGAUGUAACACCACUUUCAUGGAAGGACUUCUUUGAUGAAAAUCGUAUGCUCGAUAUAGACGGUGAUAAAUUCAAUGUUUAUCUAAAGGGUAGCACUGGCCCCCUUUUCUAUUUUUUGCACGGUGGAGGCUAUUCCGGACUGACGUGGUCUUGCUUAGCUACGGAGCUUUGCUCACGUGUACAAUGUCGACUGCUAGUGCCCGACUUGCGUGGCCAUGGUCUUUCCCAAACUAAAGAUGAAAAUGACUUAUCUACUGAGCGGCAAGUAAAGGAUAUUCUCAAUAUAUACAAGGCUAUUUUUGAAGGAAACGGUGACGAGGAGCCUCCAUAUGUUGUUGUUGUGGGUCAUAGUAUGGGUGGUGCAUUGGCUGUUCAUGUUGUCGCUACCAAUGAAAUCCCGAACGUUGUUGGUCUUGUUGUGAUCGACGUUGUCGAAGGUUCCGCUAUGGAUGCGUUGAGUGGUAUGUCCACUUUUCUUCGCGGUCGCCCGGCGAGCUUCGAUUCCGAAGAAAAAGCAAUUAGCUGGUGCUUGCAGUCGGGAGCAACUCGAAAUCGUCAAGCCGCAAGGAUCUCGAUGCCUUCACAAAUCAGAAAAACCGAGGAUGGGAAGUAUACAUGGCGAAUUGACUUAACAGCAACAGAACCUUACUGGGUUGGGUGGUUCCAAGGAUUGUCUGCGAAAUUCUUAUCGUGUUCACCUCCGAAGCUUUUGGUGCUAGCUGGCGUGGAUCGCCUGGAUAAGGACCUCACAAUCGCUCAAAUGCAAGGAAAGUUCCAGAACACUAUUCUUCCUAAAGUUGGACAUGCAGUCCAUGAGGAUAGUCCGGAUCGGCUAGCUGACGAGUUAGCGCGAUUUGCCAUUCGCCACAGAUUCGCUGAACCAGUGCCAGGCGGAAAGCCUCUUUCUGCGCACCCCAUGAUGGGCAUGGGCAUGAUGAUCUAAAUAUGUCAAUUACGAGCAUCUCUAUCCCCCUUUUUGUAGCUAUACGAGUAUAUCAAAUGCGAAUAUAUUUUGGAAAAUCAUGCGUAUGAAUAGGUGUAAAUCUUUCUCCAGUAUACAAGAAUCACAUUGUAUGAAUGUUCUCGUUUUGUUCUGCUAAAAAGAGAUACCUUUACUGAAUUCAAUGAAUUCGCUUUGAGUUGAUGCACUUUUUCUGUUUUUAAUUAUCAUAGAUGUUGGAUUUUUUUUACUAGCGAGUCUUUUGGCUAUCAAAUCUCCCGGUGUCAAAUUGUGUUUCUUUCUUCUCAUUUGUUUUCAUUACACCUGCCAAAUCUUCCCAUAUGCUCAC